AUGGCUUCCGCAAUUAAAGGCAACUCACAGAAGGCUUUCCUAUCCCUUCGAGCCAGGCUGCGCACCCCCGAAUGCUCCUCACAACAAUUCUCUGGGCGGGUAGCCAAGACGGCCCAGCAAGACGGAUCUAGAUUCCAGGAUUAUUUGCAGCGCGAGCUUUUCAAAGUGCUGUCUGCUCAUCUAACCCAAGAGAAGCGAAGAUCCGGAACUCUAGCAAAUGAAAACUACUCGUUGCUAGAACAGCUUGCGAAUUCUCUUGCCGUUUCAGGAUCGAAUCUGUACCACCAGACCAUGAAAGACCUCCGAAAUAACAGCGAAACAAUCCAGAGCAAGAUUGAUGAGUUGAAUCACGAAUCGAUGGCCGCGCUAGGCAAAAGCGCCAAGUUGUACCAUGUCCUUGCGAAGCCACUUGCGGAGCUCCUAGACUCUGGUGGAGACGGACAAGAGGAUAUCGUCCCUGAGCAAAUGUCCUCUUUACAGGAAGAAUUCAGCAAGUCCGACGAAAGAAUUGAAUACCUUCACGGACAGUGGCUUUCGUGCGUGCAUGCCGAGCAGCAGGCGUGGAAGCGGCUGACAGACGACGAGGACGACCCACGACCGGAACUGGAGGUGCAGGGCAUCAUGGACUCGAUGGAAGAGCUCAUGGCUAAUGCGGAAACUGAGAUUCAGAAUAUUGAAGCGGAAUACGCCGAGUACAUCCAGGUCGAAAGCUUAAAGGUCAUGCAAACACUCAUGGAAGGCUGA